UUCUGCUGAUCACAGGCAUUUGGCAUUCAUCCUGAUUUCCAGGCACAUCGUGCUUCCUCCUGUGCUGGCCCGAGGGAGCGCCUCACUGUCCUCACCUCGCCCGCCCCUGAGUGGUCCUCACUCUCGUUCCACAGACCAUGCGGCUGAUGUCCUGGGAGAGGGGCCACUUGCUUGAAUCCUCCAGGAAGGCGGUGGAGGAGACGGCAUUCCCGCCGGGCCCAUGGACGUCGAGAUAUGGAUGCGGAGAGAGAAGCUCUGCAGUCUACCGCGUACCCCGAAGUGCAGACCUUCUGCCAAAAGCACGGCCUGAUGUUUGAGGUCGUCGAUCUGAGGUGGGGGAUUCAGCACGCACAGGCCACUGACCACAUGACCACGGAACUCUGCUUGGAGGAGCUUGAUCGGUGUCGGAAAACAUCCCUAGGGCCGGCUUUUGUUGCCCUCCUAGGUGACCAGUACGGCCCCUGUCCGGUCCCCACGCUGAUCGAGGAGAAGGAGUGGGAGGCGCUGAAGGCCCAGCUGGCCACCAGGCCAGGUGACCUGGAGCUGGUGGCUCACCACUUCCGGAGGGACGAGAACACUGUGCCCCCCAGCUACGUGCUGCAGGCCCUGGGCACCAGGGACACCCGUGGGCCGGAGGAGGCCACCCUGACCUCUGUGCUGCGCGGUGGAGCCCAGGAAGCCAGAAGGCUGGGCCUCAUCACCCAGGAGCAGUGGCACCGCUACCAACGGUCAGUCAUCGAGUGGGAGAUAGAACGGGGUCUGCUGAGCUCGACAGAUGGGGAGCAGGGGGCCACUGUCUUCUUGAGGGAGAUCCGGGACCUGAACAGACACAUCCUGGAAGACUGUGCCCUGAAGAUGGUGGACCGGCUCGCAGACGGCUGCCUGGACACAGACGCCCAGAACCUUCUCAGCAGCCUCAAGGGGCGCAUCGCUGACGUGCAGCCGGGAGUCCUCAAGGCCCACCACCUGCCAUGGAGCCGCGACCUGGUGAACCCCAAAAAUAAGGCUCACGCCCGGUACCUGCAGGAGCUGGGGGAGCAGUUUGUGGCCAGGGCUAACCACCAGGUGCUCCAGCGCCUCCGGGAGCUGGAGGCGGGCAGGCAGGAACUGGCCUGGCUCUACCAGGAGAUCCGCCACCACCUGGGGCUGAGUGCCGAGGCCACGAGGACCUUCUGCGGGCGCCAGGAGCUCCUGGCCCGGGUGGGACGGCGACUCCGGCAGAGUGACAAUCACCCCCACACGCCCCUGGUGCUUUUCGGGCCCCCAGGCAUCGGGAAGACGGCUCUGAUGUGCAAGCUGGCCGAGCAGAUGCCGGGGCUGCUGGGCUGCAAGACGGUGACCGUCCUGCGGCUUCUGGGGACAUCACAGCUGAGCCGCGACGCCCACAGCCUGCUCCGGAGCAUCUGCUUCCAGGUGUGCCUGGCCUACGGGCUGCCCCUGCCUCCUGCCCAGGUCCUGGAGGCCCACAGCAGGGUGGUCCAGUUUUUCCACACCCUCCUGCACACCGUCUCCUGCCGAAACUUCGAGUCCCUGGUGAUCCUGCUGGACGCCGUGGACGAUGUGGACUCCGCGCACCGUGGGAGGAGGGUCCCCUGGCUGCCUCCCAAGUGUCCCCCCAGGGUCCACCUCGUCUUCUCGGCCUGCUCAGGGCAGCGGGGAGUUUUAGGCGCCGUGCAGCAGACGCUCAAGGACCCAGAGUCCUACUGGGAGGUGGAACCCCUCUCCAGCAGCCAAGGGCAAGAGAUGAUCGGGCUCCUGCUGGCGGCCUCCAGGAGGACACUGAGCCCAGGGCAGAGGGAUCUGCUCUGGGCCGGCCUCCCGGAGUGCGGGCACCCCGGGCAGCUGAGGCUGGCCUUUGAGGAGGCCCGGAAAUGGGCGUCCUUCACUGUGCCCGCCCCUCUGGCCUCCACUGCCGAGGACAUGCUGCACGAGCUGUGUGCCCGUCUGGAGCAGACCCACGGGCAGCUCCUGGUGGCCCGAGUGCUGGGCUACCUUGUGUCUUCCCGGCACGGGCUCUCGGAGGCUGAGCUGAAGGACGUCCUGUCCCUGGACGAUGAGGUCCUGCAGGCUGUGUACCAGGACUGGACCCCGCCCAGCAAGGAGCUGCUGCGCUUCCCACCCCUGCUGUGGGUGAGGCUCCGUCGUGACCUGGGCAACUGCUUGGCCAGGCGGCCUGUGGAUGGCUUCACACUCCUGGCCGUCGCCCACAGACAGCUGGCUGAGGUGGUCCGGGAACGCUACUUGUCGGGGCCCGAGAAAGCCACGAGGCACGGAAUCUUGGCUGACUUCUUCUUGGGAGCCUGGAGCCAGGGCACCAAGAAGCUCAUCACCCUGCCACUGGUGGGGAAGCCCCUGAACCUGGACCGCAAGGUGGCCCCCCAGCCUUUGUGGUUCUCGGACACCGUGGCAAACCUGCGGAAGCUGAAGGAGUUGCCCUAUCACCUGCUCCACUCGGGCCGCCUGGAGGAGCUGAAGCAGGAGGUGCUGGGCAGCAUGAGCUGGAUUUCCUGCCGAGGUGUCUCCGGGGGCAUCGAGAGCCUGUUGGAUGAUUUUGACCUGUGUGCCCCCCACGUGGACUGCCCCGAGGUGGGCCUGGUCCGAGAAGCCCUCCAGCUGUGCCGCCCGGCCGUGGAGCUCCGGGGCCUGGAGAGGAGCAUCCUAUAUACAGAAAUCCUGGCCAGACUCCAUUUCUUCGCCACCUCGCAUCCAGCACUGGUGGGAGAGCUGUGCCAACAGGCCCAGCGCUGGUUCCGGGAGUGCCCACACCCUGUGCUGGUGCCUCUCGGAGGAUUCCUCCAGCCCCCAGGAGGACCCCUCCGGGCAACCCUCACUGGCUGUCACAAAGGCAUCACUGCUAUGGCGUGGAGCCUGGAAGAGAAGCUGCUGGUGGUUGGCACCCAGGAUGGCACCGUGGCGGUGUGGGACAUGGAAGAGCAUCAGGCGAUCCACAUCCUAACUGGGCACACAGGCGAGGUGAGGUGUGUGACCGUGUUUGCCAGAGGGACGCAGGCCAUCUCCGCCUCCAGGGACCGCACCCUGCGCUGGUGGCACCUCCUCUCCGGCCAGGAGAAAUUCACCAUUUGGGAUGGAGGCUCCGAAGACCCCGCUGUGCCUCAGAGCCUUCAUGUGGACGAAGCGAGGAAGGUGGUGUACUCGGCAUCUGGCUCCAAGGUCAAUGCUUGGAAUCUGGAAACUGCGGAGCUGAUUUUCCAUAUCCGGGGAGAUGCCUCCGACCCCUGGAUCUGCACGGCAGCACUGGCUUCCCAGGCCACGCUGCUGACCGUGUCUGAAGGCAGUGUGGUCAGUCUGUGGAGCUCAGCCACAGGAAAAGUGCGGGGGAAGCAACACUUGUCCAGCAUCAAAGAAGAAACACCUACCUGUGGGGUCUCAGUCCAGAAACCAGGACACAUGGUUGUUGGGUUCAGCAAGGGCUCCAUCUGUUUGGUUUCCUCUGAAGGAGACAGCCUGCUGGGGAAGCUUCCGGAAGCUGUGGGGUUCCUGGUCACCUCUGAAGAUGAGUCCCUUCUCGCCGCAGGCUUUGGAAGGUCCGUGCGAAUAUUCUUGGCCAACUCACAGGGGUUUCAUCAAUUCAUGGCCACUGACCUUGAACAUGAGGACACAGUGGAGACAGCUGCUUUCGGUCCUGAGAACAACCUGAUUGUCACGGGGUCCCGGGAUGCACUCAUUCAGGUGUGGAGUCUGUCAGAACAGGGGACCCUGCUGGACGUCCUGGAAGGCGUCGGGGCCCCCGUGAGCCUGCUGGCCCAGGGUGGGGCUCUGGUGGCAUCCGCUUCCCAGCAGUCCUCAUCCUUCAAAGUCUGGGAUCUCACUUACACUCAGAAGCCGCGAGCCUCCGCCCCGUUUCUGGACCGCACUGGCCUCACUGCUGUGUCCCACAAUGGGAGCUACGUUUACUUCCCCAAAAUUGGGGACAAAAACAAAGUCACCAUCUGGGACUUGGCAGAAGGUAAAGAACAAGAUGCCCUGGACACCUCCAAUGAGGUCCGGUGCCUGGAGGUCGCCGAGCAGGCCAAGCUCCUCUUCACCGGCCUCGUUUCCGGCAUCGUCCUCGUGUUCCCGCUGAACUCCAGGCAGGAUGUGAUGUGCAUCCCCCCACCAGAGGCCCGGAAAGCUGUCAACUGCAUGGCCCUGAGUAAGGGCGAGGAGCACCUGGCCAUCGCCUAUGACAGCAUCGUCUUGGUGUUGGACAUUAACCCUGGGGGCCCCUGUCCGGUCAUCGAUGGGCCAACCUACACCUUCUACACCCAGCUGCCUGCGACCAUAUCCAGCGUGGCCGUUCUGGCUGACUACCGUGUGAUUUACGGCAUGACCGACGGCGACCUCUUCCUUUACGAGUGUGCGAAUUCCAAAGUGUUCCCUCUGGAGGCCCAUGGGAGCCGCGUCACCUGCGUGGACGUCAGCCACAAGGAGCAGCUGGCAGUGAGCGGGUCCGAGGAAGCCCUGCUCUGCCUCUGGGACCUGGAGGUGUGCAAGUGGAAGUUUGAGCUGAGUUACACGAACUCUUACUGCCGAGGAGUCCAAUGUGUUUGCUUCUCCAAGGAUGACAAGUAUGUGUACGCGGGCUUGAGGGAUCGCUCCGUCAUUGUCUGGAGUGUGCUGGAUGGCACCCUGCUGGCCAGCCAGUUUGUCCAUGCCAUAGUGAACAGAAUCAUCCCAACUUCCAAUGGCUUCAUUGCCCCCACCAGACAUGGCUAUCUCAUCCGUGAACGAUUCCAGUGCCCUUCAUCAAGAGCCUCACAACAGGACCCUCUCAAGAACUUCAAGAAGGCAGUGUGGAUGGUCAAAUCAAGGCAGAGAGAAGAGUUGGCUGCUGCUGCAGGGGCACUGCAGGACUCAGGAUUAGGGGGUGCCCAGAGAAAUGAAUGCAAAUCAAACAAACGCUCACAAGUCUGCCUGAUAGUGUAGAACCACCUGUGGGGGUAUGGGGCUCCAAUCUGGCUAAAGUGAAGAAAAUUAUGUAUUGAUGUAUAUCUGGACACAAGGCCUCAUAUCAUGGGACCCAGAUCUUGCUUCCCAACAUCUUUCCAUUCCUAUAUCCUCCUUGUGGGCUCUAUUUGCAGACCUGCCAUCCCUAGGUUAGCAACAUGGUAGCCAAUUCAGUAGGAAAAAGAGCUUCUCUUCCCCUACAGUUUGAACUAAAGUCCUGGCCUUGAUUCUAUUGAUCCCACUUGGCUCAUAUGCCCAUCCCAGAACCAAUCAAUUGU